UCCUUUUUCUACCUAUUCCUUUCCAAUCCACGUCCAAAAAAAACAGAAAAAACAAAAAAAAAAAACAAAAAAAAAUGAACACUCCAAUAAAACUCGCCUUUCUCAUUCUCUGCAUCUCCCUCACCGCAACCGCAUUCAUAGUUCCAGAAAAACGCGACGCCGUUACACCAGAACACCUAAAGGCCGUCGAUGGAAUCUGCAGCGUUGUGCAAGACAAACGUCUAUGUAGCAUUACCCUAAGAAGCGUCCCAAGCAAUGAUCCAGCCGUUUUGGUCCGUUACUUAGCCACGGCCGCUGAAGCGUCCGUUAAAAAGGGUUUGAAGUUCCUCGAAGGGAUCAAACCUAAAUACAAAGGAAACGCCUUUGCCACAACUUGCAUCACCGGCUGUGAAAAACAGCUACACAACGCCUUGGAAGACUUUGCAGAUUUCUGGAAAGCCGCAGGAAAAAACUUAUCGAGCAUGGCUGACAACUACUUCACAUGUAAGAAGAAGAUGACUUCUAUCUUCACUUACCAUUCCACUUGUCUCGAUGAUAUUUACGACAAGACGUUACACAAAGUGGUCGAAGGAGGGAUUGGGCUUGGGAAAAGAAUGAGUGGUGAGUCAGUGGAUGUGUUCGCUGGAAUGGGCAAAGUCUUUAACACUUUCAACAUUAAGACAAAACUUAACCAGCAAGAUACCGAUGCCUUGCUCCCACCACCAUUGUCCUUUUAUUACUAUUGAUUUUAUUUAUCAAUAUAUAUUCUAUAUAUUAAAAAAAAUGUAUAGCUUCCGUUGAUGGUGCUGAAUAAUUUGCAUCGAUUGGGGUUUUCAGAUAUUUUUAGGAAUCUUGUAACCAAAGGUUCCUUUUGAUGUAUGUUUGUAAUUAAUAUGUUAUGGAUUAUAAUCAUGUAUGGACCUCGUGAUUGGAAAGGAUAUGGAAAAGAUGUGGUUAUCUAUCCAAUAAUAAAAACUUAAUUAAUAACGUA